GAGCAGGGGCGGGGCACGGAUUUCCGGGGCCGGCUUCACCUCCUUCAGAGGUGGUCGGGCGCAGCCGGGGUCGCGGUUGCAUGGCCCGCGAGUCCGGGUCGCGGGCUCGGGGAGGUAGGGCACCGUUCUAACCAGCUGCCCCCUUCUCCUGGGCAAGCGCGGGCGCUCCCCGAGCUGGCCGGAGUGAGGGCGCGCCUCGAACUCCCGAGCCGGGCCAGGUGGGUUGCGGACCGCCCCACCCGAGACGGACCUCUGCGGAGUCAGCUCCACCCCAGUCCUUUUGCGCUCGAUCGUCCGCGCGGAGGUUGGGGCGGACCUGCGGGGAUCGCAGCCCGGCGUGAGGAGGAGGAGGAAGAAGGGGAUGAUCAGACUCUGAGUGAUCCCGCUUCAGCCUGUACACGUGAGGGCAGCCCCUGGGUGGGGUGAAGCUUCCUGGUCUCCACUCCUGUCCCCCACCCCGUCGAGGGCCGCAGGCCGCAGGAUGAACUGCCGCUCGGAGGUGCUGGAGGUGUCGGUGGAGGGGCGGCAGGUGGAGGAGGCCAUGCUGGCCGUGCUGCACACGGUGCUCCUGCACCGCAGCACGGGCAAGUUCCACUACAAGAAGGAGGGCACCUACUCCAUUGGCACGGUGGGCACCCAGGAUGUCGACUGUGACUUCAUCGACUUCACCUACGUGCGAGUCUCUUCGGAGGAGCUGGACCGUGCCCUGCGCAAGGUUGUCGGGGAGUUCAAGGAUGCAUUGCGCAAUUCAGGUGGCGAUGGGCUGGGGCAGAUGUCCUUGGAGUUCUACCAGAAGAAGAAGUCUCGCUGGCCUUUCUCAGACGAGUGCAUCCCCUGGGAAGUGUGGACGGUCAAGGUGCAUGUGGUCGCCCUGGCCACAGAGCAGGAGCGGCAGAUCUGCCGGGAGAAGGUGGGGGAGAAGCUCUGCGAGAAGAUCAUCAACAUUGUGGAGGUGAUGAAUCGGCACGAGUACCUGCCCAAGAUGCCCACGCAGUCGGAGGUGGACAACGUGUUCGACACGGGCCUGCGGGACGUGCAGCCCUACCUCUACAAGAUCUCCUUCCAGAUCACCGAUGCCCUGGGCACCUCGGUCACCACCACCGUGCGCAGGCUCAUCAAAGACACCCUGGCCCUCUAGGUCUCGCUGGGGCUUGGGGUGCUCCUGGACGGCGCGUAGACCUUGGUUCCUGGGGAUCGUGCUGUGAGGCCCGUGGACUCUGGAGCCUGACCCAGGUCCUCAAUGAUGCUUGGAAGGGCUGUCCCCUGGCUUCUUGGGUUUGGGGUUGCUAGGCUCUGGUCAGCCUCGUGACCUUCACUGACGGUUAAGUCAGGCCAACACUGUCUCGCCCCCCCUCUGGUGGGUCCCCCUUCCUUCUCCGCUGUACAGAAGCCCCGUCGUUAGGAUGGUGAAUAAAAUUGAGAAUGUGA